AUGCUGGCAUACGAGGAAAUCAAUUUUACGACGACUUUCUACUUUUGGACGACUAUAAAGAAGUGUGGGAGUGGUCGAAUCAUCAUUUGCUGUAGUGCGUCCACGUUAUUUCCAGCACCUACUUACGGCCCUUACGUAUCAUCAAAAUGUGCUCUUCAAGCUUAUGCUAAUAUCAUCAGGUACGAAUUGGAACCAUAUGGAGUAAUUGUAGUAGUCUUAUUUCCGGGAACCUUCCAAACUGGAUUGCAUGUCAUUCAGGAACUGCAUCGUAUGAUUGAUUUCCUAUGGAAUCGAUCGUCGCAAGAAAUUCGCAACGAAUAUGGAAAUGAUUUUAAUGUGAAAGCGAAAGCAUUCGCAAAUGAAAUGCUAUCAAAGUUUUUGUCGAAAGAUACAGCAAAGGUUAUCGAUGCUUACUAUGAAGCCAUCGUUGCGAGACGACCAAAGCUUUCCUAUCGAAUUGGUUGGGACACGUCGCUAAUCUUCUAUCCAUACUCAUUCAUGCCGCUAAGGGUACAGUGUCAUCUGAUGAAGUUCUUAAUGAAUUGGUUUGGAGCGCCUGUACGGAAGCAACCGGUUCGGAAACAGGAAACUUAG